AGUCGAUCAGCCCCCCCAGCCAGUGGCCAGUGGUCAGUGGUCAGAGCUCAGUCAGUGAGACAUGUCGCAGAUGCUGCAGCUGGACGCCUUGGUCAUGGCCAUGGCGUGCCUUACCACAACGCAAACGGAUCUGGGCGGUGGACUGGGCAUGGUGCCGCCCACUCUGGAUAAUUCGACCAGCUGUCCCAUCUCUGCCUUGAGUGGCCUCACCACACGCAUCCAGGCUUUGACCAAUGACAUUGCGAGUGUCAAGGAGCAGAUUGGCGGCCUGCAGGAGCAGCUGGUGGAUCUGCGCAGGAGUGGCGGACCCGCUGGCUAUCCAGGAUUGGGCUUGGGCUCACCGAACGCCAUCGGGUCGCGACUACCCGACUCCCAUCUCUCUAGCCUGGAUGUGGAGCCCCAGCUGCUGGCGGCCCAAGGCCCCGUCGCGGGGGGUCCCACAACGCCGAGCAACUGCAUCAAGCAGCAGCACGGAGUGGUGCGGAUACGCGUCCGUGCCAAUGUGGAGCCAUUCUUCGUGUUCUGCGACCAGAAGGUGCGCGGCGGCGGCUGGAUCAUGGUGGUCAACCGAUACGAUGGCAGCGAGGACUUUAAUCGCAAGUGGGCCGACUACAAGAUCGGCUUCGGGCCGCUCACCACCGAGUUCUUCAUUGGGCUGGACAAGCUGCACCAGAUAACCAGCAGCGACAACUACGAGCUGCUGGUGCAGCUGCAGAACCGCAAGCAGGAGCUGCGCUAUGCCCUCUACGACCACUUUGGCAUCGGCAGCGAGUCGGAGCAGUACCAUCUGAAUGUGCUCGGAAAGUAUCAGGGCGAUGCCGCCGAUGCACUGAGCCAGCACACGGGCAAGAAGUUCAGCACCCAGGACAGGGACAACGACGAGAGUGAGGCCAAUUGUGCGGCAUCCCAGUCGGCGGCCUUCUGGUACGGCAGCUCCUGCAACCUGAGCAAUCCGUUUGGCUUGUAUCAGCGCCUGCUGGAACGCGAUGUGGACGGGUACAAGGGCAUUCUGUGGCGCGGCUUUCUCGAUGGCCCCAAGGGCUCCCUGAAGAUAGUACGCAUGAUGGUGCGCCCUCGCAGCGGUUCCUCCUAGAGGGGCAUACAAUAUACCAACGUAAUAAAUACGGAUUAUAUAUUUUCACAAUUUUAACGCAUAACAAAGAGCCCAACAGGAUACAAAUACAGAUAAGAUACGUAAAAAAAAACAAAACUGAUUAUUGAAACAUAAAAUAUAUUAAAGAAAUUCGA